GGCGGGGAGGGCGGAGGUCGCGCCGGAGCCCCCGACGGGAGGACCGGGCCGGGCCGGGAGCCUGGAGCCGGGAGGGCUGCUCGGGCCGCGGCGCCGGCGGCCUCGCCCGAGCUGACCGCGCCGCCGGUGGUGGUGGUGGGGGGCGCCGGGGGUCGCCUUCGCAGGCCGCCCGCGUCGACAUGCUGCUGGAGGAGGUCCGCGCCGGCGACCGGCUGAGCGGGGCCGCGGCCCGGGGCGACGUGCAGGAGGUGCGCCGCCUUCUGCACCGCGAGCUGGUGCAUCCCGACGCCCUGAACCGCUUCGGCAAGACGGCGCUGCAGGUCAUGAUGUUCGGCAGCCCCACCAUCGCCCUGGAGCUGCUGAAGCAAGGAGCCACUCCCAACAUCCAGGACGCCUCCGGCACGACCCCAGCCCACGACGCAGCCCGCACGGGGUUCCUGGACACCCUGAAGGUCCUGGUGGAGCACGGCGCUGAUGUCAACGCCCCCGACGCCGCGGGGGCGCUCCCCAUCCAUCUGGCGGUGAGGGAGGGCCAUGCGGCCGUGGUCCGCUUCCUGGCCGGGGAGUCCGAUCUCCAUCACCGGGACGCCGGGGGUCUCACGCCCGUGGAGCUGGCGCGGCAGACGGGGGCUCAGGACGUCCUGGACAUCCUGCAGGGGCACGCGGUGGCCCCGCUGUGACGCCGGCUCCAACCACGGGACCCCACCGGGUUCCUAAGGAAAGAGGAGGGAAGAGAUACUUUCUCCCCUCACUCCUCUCCCCCGGUGCUGAAACGGGGAGGGGCACUAGUUUGUGGCUUGUUGGUGUUGAUUUCUGGGGUGUGUUUGGGGGGGGGCAUUUCUCGUUGAUUUUUCUCACCCCUUUUGGUGUGUUGGACAGAGAGGGGCUCCUGCAUGCAACAACUACCUAAACGGUUGAUUCCUCCGCGCCCCAGGCUGGGGGGACCGCGGAUCGGGCCCCGGGGCAGAUCCUUGGAAGCCCCAGCCCCGGUGAGGCCGUGCCCGGGUCUGAGCCACCUGCGCCCAGAGAGAAAUGAAGUGUACACCCUGCUUUGGCCAUCGGGGAAGGGGGGGUUCCAGAUAGGUAAAGGGGUGGCAGGAGGUUCAUUUAUAUUUUCUUGGGAGCCUGUUUUCCAGUCUCUUGUACAGUGUU